AUGAGGUGCGAAAGAUUAUUUUGCGACCGAAUGUUAAGUAUGUCAGAAUGUAGGAAAUUAUACUGUGGUGGUAUGGGAGGGGCGAACCUGGUGUAUAAGUACCCGGUUUUCAAACCGGAGAAGAUACAGUGCUUGGAAGAAGCAUACACCAUCAGCAUGGAAUCUUAUAACAACGAACUUUUGUGUUUCGGUUUCAACCUUGCGAAGUCGGUGAAUAUGACUCCCAAGGUCUAUUUUGUGUUAAACCACAACAAACGCAGUUGUGAAGCUGUUAAGAAUCUAGGAAAUGACGGUGAGAUGUCCGUAUAUAUAAUAGGAGGAACAGAGGUGCAACCCUCCAAGAAAAGAAGGUUGCCAACAACUGCUGAAGCCAACACAACAGUGGAUAUUCGCUCCCCGAAUCCGUGUGUAAGCAAAGAAGGGGAGACUACGAUACUGUAUGAGGAUUUACUAAAGGAAAACGAGGGAGGUCCCUCGAACCCAUUGAAUAAUGCGCAUUUGCUUAGCCCUCGAUCGCCUGCGUAUAAUCCUGCGAUUGAGGUCAAAGGGUUGAGCAGUUCAUCUGGCAUAGUUCGUGCGUCGACCCCGUUGGCUUCUCCAAUUAAUUGCAGAGAUAACCCGCAGGAGACUGCAGAGGAAUCGGAGAAGGACGCUGCCGAUGAUGAGCAAGCGAUUGCCCCCGCGGACAGCGGAUGCGCUAUUACACCUGUUAAGCGCAACAGGAGGAGAAGACUGAAACUUAAUAAAAAACCAGGAAUCUUGAGUCAAAAUAUGCCUCCAAAUAAUCAGAUAUCAGAGGCAAUUGAUGUAGAUUUUUGGUUAUCACCGUAA